GCACGCAGCAUGCUCUAAACGUCACAUGUCAGCUGAGCAGUCAUAUGACCAAUUUCAAGCACGGAACUGGUAGUGGUAUUUACCGAAGAGAGGACAACAAAUAAGCAGACUAAUUGUGUACGACCUUUAAGAUGUUCAAUGUGCAGUUGUUGUAAAUGUCCUGACGGUGUCUUGCAACAAACCGAAGAUGUCACCAGGUGUCCGACUGUUUUUGUCCGUAGUAGGCAUAUGCUGUAUGGUUGUUUUAAGUGACUCAAGCGUUCUCCUCACUGUUCCAGGAACAGUAGAUUUAGAGCAGGGCUCAUCUAAGAACAUUACUAUUGACUCAAGUGCCUCGCUGAAUGUCACUGUUGCUAUCCUUUUCAACAUCACCUAUGCAUCACAGAAUUAUACUGCAAUUAUUGGACUUCCCAGACAGGUUUUUCUUCCAGCUGAAAUUACCUCCACUCAGUUUGAGGUCCUGGCAAAAGAUGUAGGUCAAGUUACUGCUUACUUAUACAGCAACAGUACAGAAAUAUCCAGUCUUACAUCGAGGAUCAGAUUUCUGGUGGUCAGAAGUAACAUUCUUGCAAUAAUUGAUCAAGUUAUUGGUUGGAUCUACUUUGUGGCGUGGUCUAUUUCAUUCUAUCCUCAGGCAUAUGAAAAUUGGAAACGGAAGAGUCUGUUUGUGCAUUCCCUUGAUAGUGUUGUGGGCCUGAACUUUGAUUUCCUCGCACUCAACCUAACUGGAUUCUUUGCCUAUAGUGUCUUCAAUGUGGGCCUUUUCUGGGUACCCUACAUUAAGGAAGAGUUCUUGAAAAAGGAUCCAAAUGGAGUGAACCCUGUGGAUGCCAAUGAUGUGUUUUUCAGCCUUCAUGCAGUGCUGCUGUGCCUGGUGUAUGUCUGCCAGAGCGUUAUGUAUGAGAGAGAAGGGCAGAAAGUGUCAAAGGUGGCCAUGGUCUUACUAGCGGUGGGCUGGAUGUUUGUGCUGGUUUCCCUCUUUGUGGCCAUCGCUGGAAAGAUUACUUGGCUGGAUUACCUGUACUACUUCUCCUACAUUAAACUGGCUGUCACUUUGGUCAAGUACAUCCCUCAGGUCUACAUGAACUACCAGAGAAAGAGCACAGAAGGCUGGAGCAUUGGCAAUGUGCUGCUCGAUUUUACUGGAGGCAGUUUCAGCAUCAUUCAGAUGUUCCUGCAGUCUUAUAAUAAUGAUAAAUGGAGACUAAUUUUUGGAGAUCCCACAAAGUUUGGCUUGGGUUUGUUCUCCAUAUUUUUUGAUGUGAUCUUUAUACUUCAGCACUAUUGUUUAUACCGGAAACCAGGGUCCCCGUAUCAAAUUAUGCAAGACGAAGAGUAGGAGUGAAUGUGAACUUAACUGCUUUAUACCACAAAGGCCUUGUCAUGUUUGGUUAGUUUGAUAGUUUAAAGUUAUUUGAACUCUAAUUUAAACUCCAGUCUAAUCUUAAGGGAUCAGAAACAUCAUGAAUAUUCUUUUUGCUGUCUCAGUUAUUGUACCCACUUAUAUACAUUUUCAGGUAAAUGAGAACAUGCUAUCGGCAUUUGGACCAAAUAGCCUACACAGAUUUGACUUGAUUUUCAUUGAAAUUUAAACAAUGAUUCACAUAUCAAAUUCUAGUUUUGUAGGGUUUUUUGUUUCUUUUGAUUAAUAUUUUAUUUUUUGAAUUAAAGGGAAAUAAAAGGGAACAUUUUAUAUUUUUGAGCAUGUUCUAAAAAAAAAUCCUUGGAAAUGCAUGCAAGCCAGAAGUCAAGACUGCUCAUCACCCUCUGUGUUGGCUGGAGCAUAGCAUUUUGAACGGUUACAGUUGUUUAAUAAUGUCAAUUUAGAUAAGAAUGGACUUGAAUACACCUGUCUUUGCUCCCUGAUAUCUUUGAGAUUUUAAACACUCCUAGGUUUGGCCUAUUCUGUCUUUGCUUGGUCUGUAGCCUUGGAAACAUAUCAUCCUAAAUGCAAAUUACACCUGUCUACAAAGAAGCAUUUUUAUAAUAUGGUCUUCUUUACUGAAUACUGUGUUACACAGGUAAUUGUUGUUACUGUUACCGUUAAACAGGUAAUUGCUCUUAUUUUAUGGUAUUACCAGUUAAUUUUAAAAAAGUCCUUCACUUUUGGUUUUGAAAGACAAUAAUUAAAUCAUUCUCUAUUUUACCUUUAUAAAAAUGCAACCCACUCAAUUUGUGUAUACCGGAAUACUAUGAAUGUAUGAUGUAAGAUUAAAUGUAUGAAAUAAAGUUUUUACUA